AUUCAGCUAUUCAAGCGCAAUUAUCUGGCUAUGCGGCUACUCGGUGGCAUAUUUAAGCACAGAGAACAGACGAGACGAUCUCUCGCCAGUUACACAUUAUGGCUAAACUUCAGCAAAAUACGAACGUAGAACGCAUAAACAUGCGUUACUCUACAGGCACUAGUAACGCUGCAUCGCAGCCUUUGCAACGCUUGUAGUUAUGCGCUUGCUUUACUAUAUUUACGGUAGCCUUAAAACUGAGGGAAAUUCUGAGACCCGCCGUUGAGAACGUCAUGCGAAUUGUGCGUGUGGGUCGUGCAAGGGGGGCCGAGCAAGUAAAAAGUAAACACUGCGUCGAUGGAAGGAGACCAUCCGGGGUGCAGAAGCUGCAUUUCACUCGGGUGCUCUGCGUUUAGCAACACUUCGAGGGUCAACAUCGGGAUUUAUUCUUUACGCCCUGGAGUAUGCACCGUAACAAAAUAAGUCUAUUUUCCGUGGAUGACUUCUCGCCGCCAUAAAAUUUUUGGAUUAUUCAUUAAUUCAGUCUGGCUAUAUUUUCAGACACCACCGCUGCCUUCAUUGAAGCGCGUGUUUAAUGCCUGAUUCUUAUCAUAUUCUAUAUAACGUAGACUGCAGUCAUUUUUAGACAGGUUUUGUAAAUAGCACACGAUUCAAUUAACUUGUUUGUAAAUACUGGGAUUUUAAGAACGGGGUUAUUUUCUUGCUCGUGUUCUUCGGUCGUCGCGGCGAUACCGGCAUCACGUUCGCUAGCUAGUUGUAGAUAAUCCGCCGGGGAGAGAAGCCGGCAACAGACGGAUAAAAUGACUAUGUCCGUCCCGGAGAGGAACUCGGGGUCUGGGGGAAAGGAAGAGGAGAGUGAGGAUGAAAGCGAAAUCCUGGAGGAGAGCCCGUGCGGACGCUGGCAGAAGCGAAAGGAGCAGCUGAGCCAGGGUAAUGUCCCAGGCAUUGAAACUGCCUCUCUGGCCAUGGACACAGAGGAGGGGGUGGAGGUGGUGUGGAACGAAGUUCAGUUUUCUGACAAGAAGAUCUUCAAGGCCCUGGAAGACAAGAUCAAGGAGAUGUUCGAGAACCUGAUGCAGGUGGAGCACCCCAACAUCGUCAAGUUCCACAAGUACUGGCUGGACAUGAGGGAGAGCCGGGCGCGAGUGAUCUUCAUCACUGAGUACAUGUCAUCGGGCAGCCUCAAGCAGUUCCUGAAGAAAACCAAGAAAAACCAUAAGACUAUGAAUGUAAAGGCGUGGAAAAGGUGGUGCACGCAGAUCCUCUCCGCCCUCAGUUACCUCCACUCUUGUGACCCGCCCAUCAUCCACGGCAACCUCACCUGCGACAACAUCUUCAUCCAGCACAACGGGCUCAUCAAGAUCGGCUCAGUGUGGCACAGGCUGUUUGUGAACGUGUUCCCCGAGGCCGUCCACGGCAAAGUGCGGCACCACCGAGACGAGCAGAGGAACCUGCACUUCUUCGCUCCGGAAUACGGCCUGGCUGAAGAUGACUACAGCAUCGACAUCUUCUCCUUCGGGAUCUGUGUCCUGGAGAUGGCUGUCUUGGAAAUCCAGGCCAAUGGAGACACUGUAGUGUCCAAGGAGGCCAUUACGCUUGCAGGACAGUCACUAGAAGACCCCCUCAUGAGAGAGUUCACCCAGUCCUGCCUGCGCCCUGAGGCGAAGCUGAGGCCCACGGCACACGACCUGCUCUUCCACCGGGUCCUGUUUGAGGUCCACUCCCUGAAGCUUCUGGCCGCCCACUGCUUCAUCAACAACCAGUACCUGCUCCCGGAGAACUGCUUGGAGGAGAAGACCAAGUCCUUCGACCCCAGCGGCAUCAUGGCCGAAAUCGAGCACGAGGACCGCCCGGGCGUCCAGCUCAAAUAUUCCCACGUCUCCCCUCUAGAACUGGACAAGUUCCUGGAGGACGUCAAAAACGGGAUCUACCCCCUGAUGAACUUCGCCUCCCAGCGACCCCACCCCAUCCCGCGCGCUCUCUCGCUGUCCCAGGAGCAGAUGGAGACGGUGCAGACCCCCACCCCUGAGCCCCAGGAGAUGGAGACCAGGAAGGUUGUACAGAUGCACUGUAAUCUGGAGUCUAAUGAGGAAGGGACCAAAACGCAUCUCUCUCUCUUCCUGAAGAUGGAUGACAAACUCCACCGGCAGCUCAGCUGCGACGUCCUGCCCUCUGACAGUCCAAAGGACCUGGCCAAUGAGCUGGUGCACUACGCCUUUAUCUGUGAGGAGGACUGCGAGAAGCUGGCCGGCUUCCUGGAGGAGGCGCUGUGUAAACACCAGGCUGGGGCGUCUGGCUCCCCUGGGCUGUGUUGAAGACGUGCUGUGCCCUGCCCCCUGUACAACUGCCCCCCACCGCUGGGGG